UCUCACUUUAAACAAAUCGCCUACACCAGUGUUCCGCUUCAUGUACAUGUUCUCUCUCCUCAUACGUGACCCUCCACACCCAGGGAACAUCCGAAUUCCAAAAAUUCCAACGUCAUCUGUCUGCUACAAACAAGGCAAGGUAACAAAGCGAUCCACUGUCCACUUUGCAUUACAGCACAAUCGAAGCACAAUACAGAUUUAGCGCUUCAUUGAUCGUCUCUGUUGGUUGUAAACAAUGGCUGUUCGCACUGCUGUACGCUUAGAUCCAGUAACAGGCAAAAAAAUUCCACCGCCUGUUUCACCGAAGCCCGUAAGAAUGACAGCGACUAGGCUAACCAAGUCCGACAUUAAACCACCUCCUGCUCCACCACCUUCCUCAGGCACAAAAAGCGCUGAAGAGGAACUAGAUGCCUUAACUGAUCUUCUGGUAAAGAAUUUGGAGAACACAGGUGAUCCAGAUUUUUUCGGUAAGUUGACAUGUAUUAAAGCUCUCUGUUGAUGCUUCCCCGCUGUUUAUGCUGUUUAUGUGUUGAUUGAGCGUGUAAAACUUCAAAGUCGACUUUCGCUUUUGUAGCACGUCGUGGGGGAAUUUGGCACACAGCUGUUGUUAGAACUUCUCUUGUCGCGAUAUUUUGUCUUAACAGUUAAACAAUUUUGGGUUCUAAUACGCCUGCAGAACGAACAGAUUUUGGUUAAUUGUGUACCAUUACUGUUCGUGCAUGCAAACAUGUCGCAAGACUGCCAAACAAGCUUCAACCUUUUUACGCUGAAUUUUAUGAAGUGUAUUCUUUAGAAAAUCUGUUGAAAUUUCAACUUGAAAAACAGAGAACUUAAGUUUAACAGUCUCGGUAUACACGCAGAAAUCUAUGAUGGAAGACCACUUACUAUAAGUUUGACAUAACUUCCAUGCCGUGUGUGCGUUGAUUGGCUUAAUUUCUAUAACUUGUUAAUUGCAUCUCAAGCUUCACUUAUACUUCAUGUUUUACUGCUAUUAAAAAGAGUUACAAAUAAGGUAAUUUAAAUUUGAACUGUUGGCCAAAUUUGAAAGUAAUUUAAGUAUUACUUGUGAUUGAUUUAUAAAUAACCUAGAGAAAGAAUUAGAAUGUUAAAGAUCUCUAAAUGGAUUCCUUUGAAGGGUGUUGCAUCCAGACAGUUCCCCCUGGCAACUUAACUCAAGUCUCUCUCAAGUACUUCAUUGAGAAGUCUCAGGCUUAGCUCUGUUAUUAUUUUAUUCUGUGAUUACAAGAUUUUUAGAAAGAGUACGUCUUUCUAUACGUGAUGUGGUUAAGUGUACUGUUAUCACUGGGUUUAUUAAAUCCCAUUUUAUAAUUUUACUAUAAUAAAUUAUACUCAUUACUUACUAAACAAUCAUUAAAUUAUUGGAACCACAACAUUAUGGUAUUUACUUUCUCUCAUUUUUUAUGAAUUACUUUUUACUAAAUUAUUAUUUUCUAUGUUGGUCUUUUUUAAUUGUUUCAGUUUUCCCACUUCAAAUUAUUCUCUGUAUAAUUCUCAAAAAAAUAACAAAUACCAUCACUAUGUCUAUCCCAGGGCUGUCAAUCCCUCACGUCUUCAAAUAUUGAGAAUUGAUGGGGAGUGGGUGAUAGAUGAUGUCAUAAUGCAGGGCACAUGACGUCAUUUUUGGGGAAAAAAACAUGCCGAAAAGAUGUUGUUUUAAUAAUGUAACAUUUGACGUAAUUGGUUUACUUCCCACCAAUCACAUUAUUGCUUAUAUUACAAUGGCAUACCGGAGUUUGUGAGCAAAUGUUCAAUAUAAACAGAAAAAUAGCUCAAACAAAGCAAAAUAUUUGAAAUUUCAUUGUCAGAGAGUCAAAUCUACAAAAAAUGGCAACUUUGGCGAUUAUCUGGGAGAUUUCAGACUCUCAUCUGGAGACCGGGAGAAACAGUCUAAAAUCUGGAGUCUCCCGGAUUAUCCGGGAGAGUUGACAGCCGUGCUAUCCAUCCUAUGUUUAACAAUUUUUCCAUGAGUGUGCAUUGGAUAUAAGAUUGUAGAUAGCUAACGAGGAGUGUAGCACCGAGUUGGCUAUGAUCAGCGCAUAUCCAACAAGGCUGAGUGGAAUAACUGUUUGAUUAAAAACACUCUCAAAAUAUCCAGAAUUCUUCCUGCCUUCAUUAAUGUUAAAAAAAAAACAAUUUUCAGCUUGUUUUUCAUUUUAAGCAGACGUGUACAGUUACCAUAUUAAAUUUUCGCGAGCAUGGUGUAAUGGCUCAUAUUACCAUGAUGGCUAAACCAUUCAGAUCUCUACAACUGCAUUAUCCAAUGAUUCAGUUUUUAAUAAUUAUUCCAGAGAAUAGUGAUUUAUUGUAACUCAAAACCCUCUGACGACCAGAAGAUAAAAUAUUCUAAUUCUAGGAUGUUUUUAAAACAGGGAACAGGGAGGAAGUAACAAGUACAGGGAAAGUUGAAGAAUGGAAACAAAAUUACCAAACUUAAGUUCACUAUCUCCAUUAGUAAUUUCACUGCUAAUUUUUACACAUCUGCAGUAAUGUUAAUGAUGAUUAUUUUUUACAGGAAUGUGCAGCAAAUGUGGUCAGAAGGUUUCUGGUGAAGGAACUGGUUGUAAUGCAAUGGAUAAACUUUUCCAUAUCAAAUGUUUUGUUUGUAAUAUAUGUGGUGAGUAACAUGUCAGUACUAAUACUGGUAAGUCAUCCUUUGGGUUUGUUGAUCUCUUACCAAUCUUCCAACCUUUUAGUUGUGCAGCAUUUUUGGUUGACAUUAUCUUUGUAGGUUGUGUUUGUACUAUGGAUUAUAUGCUUCAGAUUGAAUUUUUAAGCAGUUGUUUUAUAUGACUUUUCUGGUUGCCGUGGUAACAAGACACAACUGUGUGUGGUUAUGGUGUAGCAAGAUCAUGUGUCCACAUGACUCAGGCAGCCAAGACCCUGUGCCACAUCGCACUGGUUCCUGAAGCCUGACUGGCUGCCGAUGUCAUUCACCUUCCCUUUCUUCCGGGAUAGCUGGUCCUUUCAAGUACUCAGUGCAGUGCUAACUGCAGGCUAUGAUAGGAAUCAGUGGAUUCCUUGAAAGAGGUCCGAAUGUGAGUUUGAGUUAGAGCUGAUAGAAUGUAGACAUGUACUGAAGAGACAACUCAAACUUAUUCUCUGAUGAUGUAACAGUCUACAGACAGGUCUGUUGUAUAGUCAACUGGCCUGGGUGCAUAAUAUUAGAUUUUUAGCCACCCUGCAAGCUAUAGAGGGCAGAUGUCUUUAAACAUGUAGACAACUACUGAAGGGGAUAUUCCAUACCAUCCUCUGAUGAUGUAACACUGUCUACAUGAUAAUGUAGAGUCAUCUGAGUACUUGAAAUUCUUAGCCACCCCAAGAGCUAGGGUAGGCGCAUGCCAUCAGAUAUCCAUUCAGAUGCCUCUUUGACUAAUGCGAUGAUCAUGAAGGUCCCGGCACCCGAUCCAAUUGUCCACUUAAUGUCUUGCUUGGACACCCACUUCAUAUGUGGGGGAUUUCAAUAUUCAGCUUGGAAUCCAGUGCUCUCACGCCCGUCAUGCAGUUCUUGUCAGCCCUUUUGUUGUUUCUCCUGAAGGACUUGGUUGAUCGCAUGAGACUUCAGAUCCUCUGGAUUUCUUUCUUUGUGGGUCUUUCAUUUUCUCACUCUGCUCUUGGAGCUGAGUUUGUUUUGUUUUGAUGUUUUUAAGGUUGUCAGUUAACUGGAAAAGUGUUCUACAAGGUGGAAGACCAAGCUCUGUGUGAAGCUGAUUAUAUGGUAAGAAGGUUAAUUGAGAGGAGGAAGGAUUGAGACAGUUGGUUAGCAAGGCUGUGCUCUAGCAACCCCUGGGAACCCCUGGCCUGUAACUUUUGCUCCAUGUUGUGGACUACUGCCUGUAUAUUCAUGUUGCCUGUAAAAUCAUGGGUCCCAUGACUUUUUGCUUGCUCACAAAGGAUUCCGACGCAUGUUGCAUGCUUUGACUCAAGACUGAAGUGUUAGCAUAUUGUUUAUUAUUUUGACUAUAUCAAGAUUUUUUUAGCUGACCUUCAGACUUUUGAUUUCAACGUUUUCAGAGGGAAAGUUAUGAGAAAUGCUGUAACUGGUUAAAGUCAAGCAACACGCUUUAAGACCGCAUAACUUGAUCUUUCUGAUAUUGUUUGUUUUUCUAUUGUCUCCAAGACAAUCAGGAUGUUUCACCAAUUCCCAUGUACAAAUGAAUAGGAGACAUUUGAUUGAGAGAAAGAUUUGCAUUUACUGGUGACAUGUUUCUAUAGGCAUGAUUCCAUAAAUCUUAGUGUUUUCGUAGAAGUCAUAUGUUGGGUACCCUGGAUUUCACAAGUUAAGAGCACUGGGAUGGGGUCCCUUAAAUUCUUCGUAGAGCACAUUUAGCCUCAGUUAGUGUACGACCUUCCAUGCAAGGUCACAAGUUCAAUAAUAUUAAUUUUCAGGUUUGACCUCAAAUCCUUGUUUCAACUUUUUUCUUUCUGUGUAGCUUUAAGAAGCAUUAAAUGUAAUUAAAAUGCACUUAAAUCAGGGCACUGGUGGCGGGAGGAGGGUCAAGUGAGUGCAUCGUGUGGACCACAGGCCUGGGUUGUUUAAGAGCUGGAUAGCGCUAUCCACUGUAUAAAUUACUAUCCAGUGGAUAAGUGAUUGAGAAACCAAUUGCAUUAUCCACUGAAUAAAGAUCGCUCUCCACUUUUUGAACAACUAGGCGAGGGCCAGGUUUGUUAGUCAAAAGAUGACUGCACAUGUAUUUCCAACUACGGAUGUAAAAUAAGGGCUCUUUACCAUUGCCAUUUGCAUUAUAACAAACCAUGCAUACAGGGCAGGAGUUGUGACUGAUACAGCCAAAGUUGAACUUGAAAUCCCUAUAACUAACAUCACAAGUUUUAUUUCCUCACACCUCUUAAAAGCCCUUAUAAUUCCAGGCGUCAAGAAGUCAGCCCGCAAUCCUAAUCUCCAGGUUGUUACUACACAUGCGUCGCGUGUAUGUAGCCAGCAUUCAUUUGGACUUCACUGAGAAUGUAUGGAGUGCAUAGAAUGCACUUUGAUCAUGCAUGCUUUGACCAUCUGUCAUCUGUCACUGAAAAGCACAGCAUUAGAGCAAAAACGUUUUGACCUUGAAUCGUUGUUGCCCGUGCUCCCUAACCUUUGGUUAUUACUAGUUUUAACGUUAAUUAAGGUAAUAGCUGCUGUAGAAAUUUAGUAGAAUCAGUUAUCUGUACGUGUUCUGUUUACAUUCACAUUUAUUUAAUUUAUUGUAGGCAACCCUGGAGAAAUGUUGGGUUUGUGUCCAGGUUAUUACUGACCGGGUAAGUGCUUUGUGUAUGUUAACAUUUUAAGUUAUUUGAUUAAAGGGACAGGUUCACGGUUCAGCGCAUGCUCAUCUAUCAAAAUGCUGUUUUUCUGUCGGGACAUGCCGUAUCGUCUAUACAAGCAAUAUGAUCACGUCAUAACGUUGUUAAAGAACCAAUCUACAUGCACACUCCCCUGGCAGUCACUUGCACUUGAUCAACUUAAAUAUUUGAAAUAGCUGUAAACUAAUCAACCAUGGAAUAAAACCGUCGGGUCAAUAAAUUCAAUGUUUGUAGUGUUGGCAUAUAUAUAAUUCCAAUUUUUUCUGUGAUUUUAGUACUCCUCCAUCCUACUUCAGGUUACUCUGAAGUACACUUCUACUUUGAAAUAACACUGAGAUCACUGAGAUACAUGUGAGUGGGAUUAUUAACGGAUAGAGUUAAUAAUAAAAUGGAAGAAAGUAAUUUAAUUAAUGAACAUGCACUUAACCGUGAACCUGUCCCUUUAAUAAGUGAAAGGAGCAGAUGUGACAGGGGCACCCAAGGUCAAUUUUCGGAAAAUAUCUGUUCGGAAGACGAUUUGAGAUCUAGAAUUUUCGGAACAUUUUUUGUAAAAUUUCUUGCUUGCCUACCUCUCCUAGGAUUUUCGAACAUCUAAAAAUUGGUGUAAUUGCCCAUUUUUAACGGAUUUUUACCCUAAAAAGCUCACCUAGAAUUUUCGGGAGCCUUUUUUCUGGCUGAAAUUUUCGAAAAGGUAAGUUUUAAUCCCUAUGAUUUUCGGAUCUCGAGACUUUCAGCUAGUAAUUCCGAACAGAUGAAAAAUAGGGGAUAAAAAUAUGCCUAUAUCUACCGUUUAAAUACUAAAAUACGUUUAACAAUGCUAUGUUUAAGUGGUUUUGAACUAUAUUCUCGUUGGGUGCCCCUGAUGUGAGCAUUCUAGAUCUAGAUCCAAGCAUGAGUGCUGAAGACAUAAAUCUUUUAGUAGGGGAGGGAAUGAGGUCUAAAGAACUCUCCCCUUCUGGAAAGUUGUUAAAAUUGGACUCUCUGAACAGCUUGUGUCCCAGUGGACCCCUUAGUUGUUAACUGGAAAGGUCUUUUGAGGCUUUUAAGUCAAAUCAAAACCCAGGGCCAGUUUUUAUUGCUCAAAAGUUUGGGGGAGAAAAAUGAUGAAUGAUUAUUUCAUAUUUGUUAUGAAAGAUCAUUAAUUUUAUUUCUAAUUGUAUGAGUUACAUUACAUGUAUUAUGCAAGAAAAAAAGGCUCUUAACUCAUAGUUACAAACACUUUUAUUGAGUAACACUUCAGAAUUUAAAAAAUAAUAUAUAAUAAUAACAAGACACCUAGAGUUGUUCCUAGCCUUUUUUAGUCCUUUUAGUUGACUCUCAAUAAGACAGACAUAUGUAUUGCCUGUCCUAAAGGUGUCUGUCUUUGAAAACGUCAACUUCACACUGCAUGACAACAUUAAGUCUAUUCCAGCAAUUUUGUUACCUCUGCUUCCUGCGUCCCUGACAGAUAAAAAUCGCUACAGGUGGAAAAUAAUAAUUGCAUGCGUCCUGUAUUUAGGACACAAAAAACUAUCAAUUGAUUUGAAGAUUUUUUGGUAGAAUGUGGAGUCCAAAAAGGGCACGAAGGGCAUUUUGCUUUAGACCCCCACCCCCCUGGAAUUUCCAUUCCAGGGGGAGAGUAUGGAUAUUUUCUGGAACUACACAAUAUCCUGUUUGUGUGAUUUUUUUUUGUAUAUUUUUUUGUGCUUUAAAUAUAUAGAAGGACUAUAUUUUAAUUUCAGUAAAUUGUAAUAAAGAGUUUUGACAUCUGUUUCCAGAUGAACUGUCUGGUUACAUAAAGGCUUAGCAUUUUCAAUUUGGGACUCCUUGGUUUUAUUUUAACUGGGACUCAUUGGUUAUUGACAGGGACUCGUGAUUUUUCACAAGAUGAGUCCCAGGACUCACCAUAACUACUAGUUGUGCAAAAUCACUGUUAUUCAGGAAUACAAUCACCCAGAAGGUCAUGCUCCACCUACUUAUGUAAUGUUACUAUUUUUUGCGAGAGUACUGGGCUUUAACAUUUCAAACAACCACAAAGUUAUAUGCAGUCUUGAGUCCUCGAUCAAAACCCAUAUUACUCUUAGUUUUCUUUUUUGACUUUAAAAAAGAUAUCAUAUUUGCUACACCAUCGUGUAUUACGAAACUGUAUAGUAAUAAAAUGCCUAGUCAAACCUUCAGUUGAUAAAACAUUGUCCUUCUGUUAAAGUAACAUAUGUAUAAAUAUUAUUUUUGAUUUAGAUUUUGAGAGCAACAGGAAAAUGUUUCCACCCCGACUGUUUUAAGUGUGAAGUUUGUCACAAGAAGCUUGAUGGAGUGCAGUUUACUGUGGACAAUUUUAAUAAAAUUCAUUGCAUUGAGGACUACUAUAGGUAUUUGGUCAUUUUAUUUUAAUUACAGUGGAACCCUGCCUAAUAUGGCCACCUCAGUAAUCAGUCACUUUGUUAUUACGGCCACUUUUUUUGGUGGCCCGGCAAACAACCAUUACAGUUCCCUUGAUAAUACAGUCACUUGUUAAUAUGGCCAAUUUUUUUUGGCCCAUUGGUGACUGUAUUAACAGGGUUCCACUGUAAUGAGUUAACUUUUUCUAGCCACUCGGUUAUAACCAGGGUUCAAAUAACAGUCAGUCAGUGGACAGUGUUCAGCCAAGAUGACCAUUUGUCAGGAAAAACUUUCAGUUGGCCAGCAGUCAUUUUGACUGGCCUAGUGCUUGGGUUUCAAAUAAACAACUGGGAGAAUAUAUUUAUUCACAUUAAUUCUGUAAAUCGCAAAAGAGUUUAUCAUAAAACAUGUUAAGCUACUUGCAGUUGUAAAUUUGGAGAAUACAGAUGAGACACCAUCUGAUGGACUUGUUCUGUGGCUUUGUGAAUUUGACCAGUCAGAAACGAGCCAUGGCUGAGCUGAAACCUGUUAUGAUAGUCAACAUGACCGGCCACUGUCAAAAAUUGUUUUGAGCCCUGGCUGGAACAGAAUUUUUGUAAAGCAUUUAUUCUUCAAACUUGUUGGACAUGUUGCUGUUGACAGUGAAAAAAAUUAUAGUCUAUAUUAGGACUCGUAAGGGUCUUUGUCAAGAUUCCUUUAUAAAAUCAUUUUAUUUUUGUAGUAUCUGCAUGAUGUUUUCAUUUUGGAAUUUAGCAAUGCAGAGUUGUUGUCUUAAUUAGAUGUAAAGGGCAUGUAUCAUAAUCUGUCUGCCGGUUAUAAAUUUGUUGUGUUUUCCAGGAAAUAUUCCCCAAGAUGUGCUGCUUGUAACCAACUGAUAGUUCCAGAUGAGGUAGUGAUAAUUUGUUUCAUAUAGGAAUAAUGUUAAAAUCUACAGCGGGGCUGUCAUUAAGAGCAGGGGGCUGGGGAUUUCCCCCGCUAUUAAAAAUGUGGCCUCCAGCUAUUUUCAUUAAAAAAUAGAAGAAUAAUAGAACCUAAAUAAAUUCCUAGCUGUUUGAUUCCUCGCCUACUUGUUAUAUUCACCCGACAACUUGAAAUCUUAGUGACAACCCUGUCUACAGGGAGCCAGCGUAUAGAGCCCGAAGCCCCAUAACCCAGAGCAUCGUUAGUAGAGGAGACUGGUUAUGAAAGCUGGCAAACAUCAAAGAUGACAACAAUUUGUGAAAACAAAGGAUUGUGCACAGUCAGGCAGCUUCCAUCCUAAACUACAGAAACUACAGCACAGUUGUACUGUGACUGAAUAAAUUAAUGAGAUGUUUCUAUCGGUCAGUAAGUUCAAAAUGAUAGGAAUGCUAUUGAACGUUGUUCAUGGUCAGGUCAAAAGCUAACAAAAACAUAUAACAAAGGAGUCUAACGGGAUUCAUAACUAUUUCACUUUAAUAUCUAUGCCCAGAAUAGCAACCCGAAACUAGGCCUGUGUCACAGUGUUUUUUUUAUGGGCAGGUUUACCAUAAAUCUUCUAUUAAUCCCCCCUCUCAAAUAACCCCCUCCCUCUAAUAAGCCCCUCCCUUUUUCAGGGGAAUAGUAAUAAUAACCUACCCCCCCUGACCAUUAAUUCCUCCUCCCCUCUCCUAAUUAAGUAUUCUUUACUAUGACAGACUGAAUUAAUCAAUCACGACUGUAAACUUCAUAUGGACUGAUCUGGGAUGGUUUAUGAAGUUCACAUUUGAUUCUGAUCCUCGGCUGCACGACCUCCAACCUUGUUGUACUAGAGCUUUUCCACUUUGUAUUCUACUUCUUUAUGAAGAACUGAUGCCAUUGUCUUCUCUAAAUUAAAUAUUAGCCCCCUCAUCUCUAUUAAGGCCCCCUGCCCCUCAAAUGGCUUGAAAUAAAUAAGCCCCCCCUGGGGGCUUAAUAGAGGAUUUAUGGUAUUUUUGCAUACAUUUUAGAGCACUUUAUCAUGCACAAUGGAAGGUGCGUUCCGUUUAUGAGCACAUUCAAAGACAUGUAUGAAAUAUCUUAAAGGAAAACUACUAAGUGUCAUUAAAACAUCAAGAAUACCAUUUUUUUAAUCUCAUACCCAGAUCUCGUGUUCAGGAAGCUGAAGGCAAGAUCUGGUCAGAAAUCUUGUUUAUUCAUUGGAAUUUGUUCUUAUUGUUAGGGUCAAGAGGAAACCAUUCGUAUAGUUUCCAUGAACAAGGAUUUCCAUGUCAAGUGUUACAUUUGCGAGGUAAACAGUAGUAAUGAAUAAGUUAAUAAACUCAGUCAAAUUAUUAAAAAUAUGCUACUGUUUGAGUUUGCAAUCAGUAUCAAAUGGUGGUUGCAAAGUCCAGCAACGUAAAAUGAAUCAUACUUUUUAAUUAGCUGGCCUAACUGGCCAUACACACACUUUCCCCUUAACUACUCACACAAUUUCCACAGUUAUGACAAAAAGUGACUGGUCCUGAUCAGGGAAACAGUUAAUUUUGUUUUCCAAGAAUCUCAGUGUUUCCUGAGGUGGAAAUUUGGAAGCUGGAAAUUCAUUAAACCUCACUGUAACGCGGUUGUCGGUCAACAUUCCCGGGUAACAAUGCACUGUUAACCUCUGACCUCAUAGAUUUUGCCAUAUUGCCCGCUCAGAGAUUUUGGUGGGAACAGUUUCAUUGUUAGAUAUCAUGUGACUGUGAAAUAACCAAUGAAAGCGUGUGCUGUUGGGAAAGAAUUUCCGGCUAAAAAAAAGAUGGAAUUAUGAUCCUCUUUGUCUAGCCCUUGCAGCCAGUGCUUAAUAUCAAAGUUUGUCUUGUAAAAGGACAAGCAGGGCUAAGGUUAGGAAUGAAUUACCUAUAACAUGCGUGAAAUUUAAGAAUGGUUGUUUCUGCCAAGGCGGCCCUUUAUUAAUAGCCAGUAAAAUGUAUUUUAGUGACCAGUAGGUGAAUGUUAUUAAUGAAUUUAGUAAUCUAAACAUUAAUUUGUUAAUUAAUUAGUAAUAAUUAUAGAUUCAAGCAUUCAGUCCGCUAUUUUAACAAACCAGCAUAAGCUAAAUUGGAUUUGCUUUAAUAAGCAUUGCUCUUAAUAAUAGAAUGAUUAAAAUAAUUUUAAACACAUAAUUUGGUAAAUUUAUUCAAUACAGACAGAGCAAGAAUGCCAUAAUUAUUUGCCAAACAUAUACAGACAGAUACUGGGUUACAGACUAAUAAAUACUACCCUUUAAAAACCUUAACUACUUUAAUCAAAAUCCUGCAUGCCCUUUAUGUUAAAAUGAGUAGUGAAAGUUAAAAAUAUAAUUCAUUAUAUAUACUCGAUAAAAUUGCACUUAAAUGCUUCUACAUAAGCGAUGGCUUCACUUUCAGUCUUUCAGAAGGCUCAGAAUUAUUGUCUAGUAGAAUACUUCUUAAAUAAAAACUGCAAGAUAGGACUUGUUUAGGAAAUUAAGCUUUGAUUUACAGUCAAACCUACAAUAAUGUAAACACCAGAAAUAUUUCUGAGCAGUUGAUUGCAAGGAAAAAGCCAUUCAGGCAUGAGAAAACUAAACUAUAAGCACCAACGUCAGUUAGUUUGUGAUUUUGUGGCUAGUUCAUGUGUCCUGAUCUUUGCUGUGAUUGGUUGAAACACCAUAAAUAUUCCCUUAGCUGAUCUUUCAAGUGUUGACGGUUUUGUCAGUUUGAGAGUAAGUUCACAAUAAAAUUUAUAUUUUGCUAGAUCAGUGAUUAAAAGUCACUAUAUUUUAAUAAUAAUUUAUAGAAAAACUAAGUUAUGAAGUAUCUGCGAAAAGGUUGUUUAAAAGAAAUGUUUUACUGAAUGUGUUCUCAAGGUGAACAUGUUAAACAGAGCUAAGUAAUUAUAUUUGAAACUCAGUUCUUGUAAAGAGGAUUAACAGCUGGUAUAUUUUUGAUAAAUAGUGGUGCACAAAUAAUUAUUGUACAAGUGGUAUGGUAUGCUUAGCUAUAUUAGUCCUACAUGGAUAUAAGACUGUGCAAGCUACCGGUAUUUACAUCAGGUAGACAACGAAGUGCUUAGUCAACUAGAUGUUAGUUGUGAUUGAGCUUUCUUCUGUAAAAAAAAAAAAACUAGUGCAGGUAGUCUGAAUCUACCUUUGGUGAACCUCAGUGAAAUAGUUAUUUGUAUAUGUGUAAUAAGCAUGUGAUCAAUAAUCAAUGAUGUAGGAACUGCUCGUAAGGAGUUUCAAUCCGUAUUGGUCGCAAAAAACAAUAACACAUCGUUGUCUAUCAUUAUUUCCCAUUGUGUCACAGUUAGUGUAUAUUUGAACCAAAUAUCGGCUUUUAGGGUUAGAAGAGCUGCCACGUGACCACUAAAUAAUUCUCGAGCCUGAUAAGAGAAUUAUGAUCAUGUUAUCGGAAAUUUAUUUUGUCACAAUUUACAUUGUCUCCAUUGAAAUAUUGAAUAGUAGUAACAACUGGCUUUAAUUUUUGGAUUAGGAUAACAUAGAAUUCUUUUGAAACCUUUUAAUUUCAUUAGACAAAAGGUUCACUGUCUUGUACCAAAGCAUCCAUAUUCCUCCUUUAGGGGGUUAUUGGUUUGUACCUUACUCCCACCCCCCCACUCCCCCUGGAAAUUCCAUUUGAGUUUGUCAAUUUCCUAGCCCCCUCCCCCUGAGGAAUGUCCAAUGACUCUCUGUUGGGUGAGUAUGGAUGUUUCCUGGAGUCACACUGUUCCAGGUGCAGGGUCUAUUGCAGGCGACAAGAGGAAACUGCAAUCCUAAUCUCCACACAUGCGUUGCAUGUAUGUACCCAGCAUUCGUUUGGACUUCCACUAAGAAUGAAUGGAUGCUCAGAAAGCAAUUUGAUCUUGCAUGUUUGGACCUUCUAUCAUUCAUUAUAUGAUGACGCAUGUUUUGACCAUCUGUCACUUGAAACUUACACAAAGCACAGCGUUAGAGUAAAAGCAUUUUGACUUUUAAUUGUGUCGCCCGCACUCUGUAACCUUUGGUUAUUACUAGUUUGUGUGCCGGUAUUUUUAAGCUUUUCCACACAAGAAACAUACUUUGUGGCUUUUUUGGUGGUCCCCUACUUUACUCUGUAUGUUUUCAGUCAUUUUUUUUUUCUGAGUAUCUAAUGAGGAGACACUUACUGUUUGCUUUCCUUUUUGUCUUACUUUUAGGACUGUCAAGCCCCAUUGUCUUCGGAAAAAGGUGGAUCUGGGUGCUACCCACUUGAUGGACACCUUCUGUGUCAAGAUUGUAACACCAUAAGGGUUCAGAAGAUGACAGCAGAGUUAGAUGCUAAACCAGCCCGCCCCUUGACUACUGAAUUAUAAAAAUGUCAAAACCUGGCACUAGACAUUAUUGUAUAGAGGAGCAAUGUGACGUAGCAAAUUAAUUCAAGUUUCAUACAGUAGUUGUAUUGCUACAGGACACCUUUAGAACAUUAGUUUAUUAUGAUCAUUACUUUUUAGAAACUAGUAACAAAAUAAAUCUUUCAUAUUAAACUUCUCUCAAGCAGCGACAAAUACAAU